UAUGCUGUUGUCGACGUUAAAAAAUUAACACUUCCUUCCGAUUUACGGUAUUUGUUGACUUUAUCUACGCGAAUAAAUUAGCCAGCGGUAUUCUUCUUCGAGACCAUAAUUAAAAUUGCCUAUUACAACAGAACGUCCUGCACACACACACACUCAUAUACAAACACGCGCAUAUAUAUAAACUAACCGGCCCCCGUUUAUCCGACAAGUCUGAAAAGAAACCGUCGUCCUUGCAGUGUAAAUACGUUUCAUUGUGGUGUUCGCCAUUAGUCGAUCUCGAUCGGGUGUGAGAGGAGCAAGUUACGUCGGUGUUUUUUGACCUUUUGGUGUCGUGGUUCUAUGUGAUCCCGCCAGGGGAGAUCUCCGACAGUCUUCACUCUCUUCUCCCCCCGAAGAAAAAGAAAAGUGCCUAACAGUACUGGAUAAUAAUUUGUGGAUGGACUUAAGAAAUAAUUAGGUCAAACGAUACUUUAUCGGAGCACCGAUAAGUCGCACCUAAAUUAAAUGGUGCGCUUGGUUUUUGGGAACCGCAGCUACGAAGGUUACGUCGAAUGGCAACCGAUCAAAAUCAAGAAUUCGAACAACAGCGGCGUCUACAACAAACAAGAUGUGAUUCCGAUUAUCCAGGGAAUGGACGAAUCGACAGAAGGGUAAACUGCCAUUUGGAUGAUGUUUUGUAUGGGGUGAACUACAGUGAAAAAGAUGAUGAAGGGCCACAGGCUCCACGUCAAAAAAUGACCCCUAGAAGCAGUUUAACCGGCAAGGUACAACCUGAAUCGACGGACAGCUCUCAAAAAGCAGUAAUUAAAAUUGAAAAUAGGGAUAAGGAGACUUUAGAAGAUCAGCCUACGGAGAAUGCAAAAAUUGUAAUUGAUAUCAAUGGCGUGAAUAAUGCUGAUAGUAAAUGCGAUUUGGCAAAAGAAAUUCCAGCGGAAAGUAAUAAGAAUGACAAUUGCGUCAAAGUGAACUGUGAUAAAACUGAAAACAAAGACGCCCAAACUUGCCUUGCUAUUGAUUCUGGAGGUGGUGAUAGAAAAAACAACGAUGACUGUGAUCCUCUAAACAAGCAAAGCUGCAUGGAGCUGUCAUCUAGACCACAGUCUCCAGUUGAUAUAUUGGAUUCUAUAGAUACAAGGUCAAGUUUUCUUGCAAAAUAUUGCAACCCCGAGAAUCCUUUCUUUAAAGCAUCUUCAUGUCCUAGGGAGUCAUCGCGUAAGGAUGGCGGGCACAUAUCGUCUUACGAGCAUAAUUUACAAUUAACAAAUAAUAUUUUAAGAGAAAUAGAUGAAUUUUGCGGUAUCGCAACGGAAAACGCGGAUAAAGAACACGAUUUGGAAAUUCAUGGUUCUGAAACCGAUCUUCUAGAAGACACAACUUGCAGUAUCGUUCCUGAUCAAUUUCCAGAGAUUUUUCAAAAAAAUAAUGCAGACAAGAAAAAGAAAUGUCUGCGCCCGCGAGGCAAAUCUCUGACAAAUACUCAGACGGAUGUUAAAUUUGUGCACGGGCUUAGGAAAGUGAAAUCUCUAGGAGAUAUUGCUGGGGCAAGCUUGGAAGAGGUGCGCUUUGUCUCCGUAGCGAAACAGGAUUAUAAAGAUGAACUGUUGGAACUCUUUCAAUCUGCAGGUCCUCGCGCGGAUUCUCCGGAGAGCCCAACUCAUAUGAGCCAAGCACAGGCUUUCGCUUACUUUAAUGAUAGUUUUCCAGAUUAUAAAGAUGAAUUGCUUCAUUUAAUGAGGACGCCCGAUCGUGAAAGUGAUAUGGAGAUAGAUGCUGAGGUUUUAUCGAUCUCUCCUCCUGAUUUCAAUUCAAAUAUCGCGAAGAGAGAUUCAGUCAACGAAGAAUCAGUAACCAAAUCGAAGAGAAGGAGGUACAUGAGAAUCGAUAGCAGCAGCGACGAGGAUCAUCCUUCUACAAAAAGAGUCAAACCAAUCGACGAACUUGACAAAACGAAAAAUAGAGACAUUUCGAAGUUUUCUGAGGAAGAACCUGCGAAGUCGGAGUCCUAUCCAUCCAAAAGAAUGGACCCAAGAUUAUGCCGCUCCAAUAAUAGAAAUAAGCAUCUUAUUGAUAAUCCUUCGGAUGCAGGUUUGAUCAGAAUUGAAUUUCCCAAAACGUCCGAUAUAAUUGAUCCACGAAGGAAAGGCUGCACUGCGACUGCCAAAUCUGGCAGUAGCACCGUGGAGAUAUCUCCAAAGGAUAAUUCUAUAUCAUCGCAAUGGAACGGACUAAACAACGAAGGUAUUACCAAAGCCGAGUAUUUACGAAGAUUUGCAAGUAAAAAGCCCUCGUUGCCUGACAUUUCUCUGUCAUUGGAACCUGUUGUUAAGAGAAGAAAGAACAUUGAAAAAAGGAGGAGCACUUUUACGUGUAACGCCGAUAAUGAAAAAAUUUUGAAAAAGAUCGAUCCCAAAAUGAAGAAAUUGAAGCAGACAUAUUCGGAUUUGUUUGGAAGCAGUUCCGACGAAGAAGUUGAACAAAGAUCCCAGGAUAAUAACAGCAGUUCAAAAGAAAAUUUAAAUACAAAUUUAAAAUGUCGCCAAAAUGAGGAUAUGCCAAAAAAAAUUCUCGCUAAAUCUAAGCUAUCGAAGUCUUCGUCGGGAAAAAUUGUUGCGACUCGAAAACACAAAUCAACAAAAAAAGCAGCUGAAAUAACGCCAACUGUAUUAAACGAUGACAGAAUUGCUACCGAUUCGUCCUCGAUUUGUUCGUCCAGUAAUGACGUCGUGAAUAUACAACCAAAGAAACGUGGUAGGAAACCCAAAAAACUUGAUAAUUUUAGAAGGCCAUCUCCGGAAAAUACGACUCCCGUUCCGAAAGAAAGGUCAAAAGUUUAUGAGGAUAAUGCAAUUAAAACCGACAAUAUUAAGUCUCUAGCAGCUUUUUCUACAGCUAUCGAGCAGGAAUUGCCUUCAUUGCCGUUUGAGGAAUGCGUACCUUACAGUACUCAACCGUUUGAGUUACAUAUUAUUACAUCCGAGUCCAUCGCUGAAGAUUUUUGUUUAAAUAUCCCAUCAAUGUCAGACGGUCCCUCGACUUUUAAUUCGGCAGUUCUGCAAUAUCCUGCAGAAGAUGAUGAUGUGAUAGCAGUUGUUCAAUCAGUUCCAGUUAUAGAUUUGACGAUCGAAUCCGAGAGCGAAACGAUAACUCUUUAUAGAGAUUCUGAACAAGAUGCCGUUGCCCUAGACGAGGAAGAUGUACAAGCUGUUGCUGCAUCGAUUUUUGUCGGCGGUAAAUAUGUUACAUCGGCCGAGAUUCAGCCUGAUAAAGGGUCGGCGCCAAGUGAAAUUGAUCAAGAUACAAGCGGUGCAUCAAUCGGAAUUAAGCAGGAUUUAGAAGAAAAAAAUAACAACACCACCAAGGAAGAAAAGCUCGCAGCGGAUGUCAAAUUCAACGACGAUAAAGAUAAUAUAGUUCUAAUUAAAAAAGAUGUACAAGCUGGUGGUAACACUAACAAUGACGUUUCAAAUGCGGUGAUAGCGGUGCGGGAUUCUGGAAGCACUGAUCGGACAAAUGCACAGGAGCUAAAAACUAAAGUGGAAGACGAACCACCGGUCUCAACACCAAGUGAAAAAGGAACCACCACAACCAAUCAAGCUUCGAAUUACCUUGCCCAUGAACCGAGCAUUGAGGAGCAAACUGAUCAUGCCGUAAGUUCGAUUUUAGAAUUGAGCGACGCUAUUCCCAAUCCAGCCCAACUGGACGAUAAUUCGGGGAGUGGCAAACAUUCAAAAUCUCCAGCGAGAAUAAAUGCAGAAGGCUCACAAAGAGUUGUCGAUAGCAACUUGCGAAGCGUUGUAAUAACGUCAGUGCAGCAUGAAAUAUCUAAGAUUCCACCAGAUUCAAGGCGGCAACCAUUAUCUAAACCCAUUGGUGUCGAAGAGCCACCUUCUUUAAUUAGAUUUGAAGCUCCGAUUUCUGGGGAUACUAGUCGGUUUCAUGACGUGAACGUACGUGAAAGUGCAUUACCGCCAGAAAGGUUGACAACAAGCGAAAUCACAGAUAGAAUUGUAACAUUAUUUUCUUAUCACGUUUAUUUCUACUUCCACCUCCAUAAAGCUCAGGUUGCAUUCGAAGAUACUUUAAACUCUCUGAAAGGAUGUUCGUCUUGGUUUAAAUUGGAAUUACUCUGCUUUACGAAUAGCAUUGAAGCAAGAAAGGUAAGCAAAUCGCAGCAGCUUUUUGAGGAAUUAUGCGCUUUAAACAUAAUGGCGAAUUUUAAAUUGAUUGCGCCUAAUGUUUUGAUUGAAUUGGUCUUUCAAAGACUCCAGACAUUCGAUGCAUCAGGCAUUGCGAGGCAACAUGUUGUCCUUGUUGUUUUCCAACUACUAAAUGGUUUUCAUGAAAACAUAAGUAAAAUAGCUAUCGCCAAAAAUUUAUUGAGCUAUUGCGAAAUAGUUAUUGAUAGAAUGAAAUCUAAAACUAAAUUUAUGAGCAAGGAACAAAUAAAUCAACUCCUAGAGCAAAUAGAGUUUUCUAAUAACCUCAUAUCUUCUCGACGAAAUAACGACCGUCACGAUAAUUUAAAUAGUCGAAUUAGAAGUGUGGAAAAUGCGAACAUUUAUCGAAGUGGCAACGUCAAAAGAAUAUCGAAUCCUGUGCCGCAAUAUCAGAUGCGCAUAGGUCAAAAUGAUCAGAUUCGAUCGUCACAUUCUUUUGCCACAGAUCCUUCUACUUCAAUUGUGAGUAACCCCAUUAUAACCAACCACGGAGUAGUUUCAUCGAACGAGAGUAGUCUUAGGCAACAAGCUAAUUUUGAAUCCAUUGCAAAUCAAUCUGCCAGUCAACAACUACUGAAUUUGUGCAGAUUACAAAAUCGCAAACUUCCCGCUGGCACUACCAAUAUGACCGGUUCAAUCAUGGCGUUUUCAAAUAAUGCGGUGCCCAAAAAUUCGGAAACUUCUACAAACCAGACAAAUUUGUCGCUUCACACAUAUCACCGACCGGUUCCAAAUCACCUUCAGCAAUUACCACCAAGCGUUCAGCGUAAUACGCGUCUGCAAAAUUCCACUGAGCGAAAUUCAAAUUUCUCUCAAACCAAUUUCAACGUUGGAACUCCUGUUCAGUUGGGUUCGAAUAUUUCAAACAUAGUCCCUGGAAAUUCAACUCAGGAAGCUAAUGUGACACCACAUUACCAAUCAAUCAAUCAAUCUCGUAGCGUCCGUUUUCCAGCAAAUACUGAUUAUUUGCCAACAACUGCAAACGGCAAAACAAGCAACUCCUCUAAUAUAAGCAACAAAGAAAUUUUGAAAGAGGUUUUAACCAACGAAAGAUCAGUACAUUUUGGAAAUCAGACGAGCAGACCUUCAAAUCCGGAAAACUUAUCCGUAACGUCAUCUGGCAAUUUGGCAACACUACAGCGUCCACCUCCCCCCUAUGAUCAAAAUUGGGCUAUUGCGUUAUCAUCUUCUAAUGUCGACAGUUCCCUUAAUCCGAAUCAAUUACUUCAGCCAAACGCAACGAUUUGUCAACAAAUGAAGCGUAAUAUCACUAAAUCACGUGCAAGUGUUGACAAAACUUCCAAGCCCAAAAGUAGUUACACCAAAAAGAAAUCAAAACAAAAUAUAACCAACAAUUCAUCAAAUGAAACUAAUAUGUCACAACCAUCGCAAGUGUCUAUUAUGCCUCGGAAUUCUCAGCAGGUAUCGCCUCAACUACGCGUCGGUUUAGAUCGGUCGACUGACAUGAUUAAAAAAUAUCAGUUGUCAUCGGCGAAUAUAAAUCAAAAUACACAAUCGUUCGGGUGCUCUCAGUCACAAUUAAGACCAAACAACCUGUCGCGUUCUUCUGAGCCUCAAUACACCCAAUCUCCUACACUAUAUCAACCGCAGUCCAACUUAUGUGGUCAAGCCUUACGAUCUAUCUCACAUCCUCAACCACUUCGUGCAUGGGAAUCGUCCUUCGUCCAGCCGCAGCAGAAUUUAGUUGUGUCACGAUUGGUUCAACCAAUUAGGAAUAGCUUACCAAGAGACCAACCUCAAGGGUUGGCACCAAAUGCCCGCUCUCAACCGGAGCCUACGAUAGAAGCACCACGAUCCAAUAGUGAAAAUUGUAUGCCAAACUCAGCAGCUUGUCAUCAAUCUGCAUGUCUUCGACAGCAUGUUCUGCAUGCUCCAGAGUAUUUAGCUUCAAAUGACACAAAUUCCUCAGCAACUCCUGUAUCUAAUGAUCAGUCUCCAUUAUCACGUCACAGUCCCCAGUUUAUUAUAGCAAAUAGCUUAUCGUCGUUGCCAAGUGUGUCAAGUUUCCAGUCGCUUGUUAUUCCUCAACCAGAGUCUACGGUGGAAGCGUCCAGCUCCAAUAAGCGCAGUAGCGUAGCAAAUUCAGCACCCAGUCAACAAUCAUCCUUUUCGCAGAAAUUUUCUCAUAAUCUGCGUGCGUCAAUUACCUCAGCAACAUUCGUCACAAGUCCCUUAUCGGCAGCACAAAGUACCCGGCCAACAAUAAACGCUUCAAGCCCAUGUGUAGGGAACAGUGUAACAACAUCCGUAACAACUCCUUUGUCGCCACCGCGAUGCACUCAGCCAAUAAUAAGCGCAUCAAGCUCUUAUGACGGAAACAGUGUAGCAAAUACACUAACACCAGAUAGGCGUUCUCCAUCGGUCCUGCAACCAGAUGCGCAGCUUAACUCCAAUAUGUCUGAAGACUCAACCCUAUCAAUCCAAACUGAUGAUGACGUUGAAACCGUGGACUUGACUUGGAUCGACGAUCUAGAUGAAACGGAAUUGCAAAUAGAUCUCCAGUUGAUAUACGUCAAGAAAGAAGAAGAUGUCUUUGUGGUGCCUUCACCUGCAGAUAGUGGAAUAUCAAGCCCACCGAUGAGGGCCGAAGAAAACACAAUGGUAUACACGGUGCAAAAUCUGUGCAUAUGCAACAAAAAAGCCAAUUACAUUUGUGCUUGUCAGCAGGCUUGGUACUGCGGAACCAAUUGCCAGUUGUCCGACUGGGAAUCUCACCGCUUCAUUUGUGUGAUUUCAAACAACACAACACCAGAGCAAGGCCAUAUUAAUAGUACUUAAUUAUUGGUUAGUUUCUUCGGGAACAAAGUAACUACAAGGUUUCUUAGAAUCUUUUGGCUAAUUUUGUUAAUGCUAUAAAUAUGAUAGUAACAACAGGAGUAAGAUAAUAUUUUAUAAAAUUUUAAACUUCCUGCGUGCAAUUUGUUAGAGAUGCUUUUGGAAUUUAUUUUUAAUUUUUUUAUUUAUCUUUCUAGAUACAGAUAAGAAAGAUUUUGUUAUAUUUUUAUAAAAUUAGGUUUAAUAAAGAAGUUGAA